GAGAAAAUCCCUCAAAUGUUCUCGGUCAAACAGUUAACACCAAAGGCUCUUUUUCUUCACAUGGGUUAUGAUAUGGAUGCGUGAAAUGGCAAAGAAGAAAGGGGAAGUCACAAACAUAAGAAAUUAUAAGUAACCUUUGAAAGAGGAGCUUAGGAAGAUGUCUAACAGCAGUAUAACCCAGCAGAACCAUUCCUCCAAUGAGACAUUGCCAGACACCUCAGAGAGGCUGCUCACCGUUCUCAUGGCCCUGUACAUCAUCAACCUGGCUGGCGGCACCCUCGGGGUCAUCGUAAUGUCCCAUCAGUUGUUUCAAAGGAGAUCGCAAUCUGUGAUGACUGUUAUCAUAAUCAGCCUCCUGGUGCUGCACAGCUUUAUGCUUCUCAGCAUCCCCUUCCGCCUCAGCUACUACAUUUUAGGGGAAUGGAAAUUUGGGAGGUUUGCCUGCAAAUUAGCAAGUGCCAUGAUCUACCUCCACAUGUACACCACCUUCAUGUUUUAUAUGGGUAUCAUCAUCAUACGUCUCUUCCGACUCGAGUCUAGGACGUGCUACACUACAGGCUGGGUGGCUGCUGUUUGGCUGGUGGGAGUGCUGGUGGUCACACCUGUUUUUCUCUCCUACUAUGGCACCUUUAAGACAUACCACUCCUCCGAAUGCUUUCAGUUCCACAAGGAGAUACAAGAGGUGCCCAUGGUGACCGCAAACUUCUGCUUGGUUGGAGUCUUGGUGGCAGCUUGUGCUGUGCUCACCGUAAUCCAGUUGUCUGUGCUCUACAGACUGGCUGUGAAGUACUGGCCUGACAUCAACUCACAUGUGGAAUUCAGGGCUCAGGCAAAGAGUUUCUUCUUCAUAUUGGUAACAUUAGUGUGCUUUAUGCCUCAUCAUGUAUUCAGAGUAUAUUACAUCCAAAACUACCACCUGGAUAAAGACCAUAAACUACUCCCAUACAAUGAAAUUUUUUUAGCUUUAACAACAAUGUGCUGCUUGGAUAUGUUGUGCUUCAUAGCAGGAAUAGCCCACUGAACUGUGAACCACCAGGAAAUCCAGCUGCAGUGUGUCAGUACUGGCUUUUGGCAGAAACAAAACUGUGUCAAGAUUUUGCUGAGUUAGGGACACUGCUGAGUUUUCAGCGUGGCUGUAUAGGUCUGUAGCUUUGUUUGGCUUUUGCAGACCAGUAAGGCACAUCUUUCAGAAACUACUGUUUUUUAGCUUCUCUCUUGAAAGCAGGUAUGUGUUACUCUAGUCUUUGACCUAAGAGUCAUGCCCUGAAGUUCAUUAAGAUUUUCCUCAGCCAUCUGUCUCUAACAAUUACAGCAUGAGUAUCCAUUCUUUUCUUUUUCCUCAAAAAGUCUCAGUAAUAACAACCCACUGUGGCCAAUAAGUUGCCCAGUCUGAAAGUCUAACAACUUCUGGCCAUUGCGAUAUUGAAAGGAAGAGAGGGAAGGAAGUGAUUCCUUUAUGGGAUUUUUGUACUAGUGGUCUUAGAUAGCAAGGAAAUACACUCUAUUGAAAUAGAAAGUAUCCAAGGUAUGAAACAGGGCAUGUAGUAGCAUAUUUCAGCAGAAUCCUUAUUUUUGUCACUUACACAGAACAUGUAUUAAAUUAAAUCAUAUGAAAACUCUCGUCAUUCUCUCAACUUCACUUUUACUUGCUUCAUUCCAAAACCACAAACAGCUCAUUGAAUUGUGGUAAUUACAUGUUUAGAGCAAGUGAGAGCAGAACAGAACACAGAUUUCAAAACUUCUGCCUUAUGUCACUCUCCUGUCAGGACUGGAUCUUGGCUGUCAUCCCUUAGGUCAAUUGUAGCCAAAAAAAUACAAAUUAGUGUAGUUCCAUAACUGAUUGUAGAAUUCAAAUCAAGGAGUCUGGUCCUUUACUGAAGGAUCAGCUGCACUCUAGGAGAGGGAAAUGUUUUAACAGCCUUCCAAAACCCUUUGAUGUCUGGUAACUUUGAGUUGCCUGUUGAUUUAUUAUCAGAUGCCAUAUUUUUUCCAUUUGCACAUGUAACAAUGCAAAACUAGAAUAAACUAACAGAACUGUGUUUAAUCAGUUCAACAUAUGCUCACGUAUGUGUAUACAAAAUUGUGCUGGAGUAUAUAUUUUCUCCAUUAGAUGGAUUAUAUUUUCUGGGAACCACAUCCGUUCUGGGCAGCUCUGUUUUAUAUUAAUUAUAUAAAAAGUUUUUUCAUUAUUGCAUUCUGCCUGUUCUGCUCAGUUCAGAAGGUCUCUAACCCUUCUGCUGAAGGCCCCACUGCCAUUUGCUGCAUCCCAACAGCUUGAGGCCAGAUUUCUCCUAGCCCAGACUCCCAGAAGUCACACAACGGUAUGCUUCCUCCUUUGUAGACCCAUAAGCUGCCACAAUUUUUAGUCUGGAAAUCUUUUCUACAGAAGUGCCAUGAUCCCUGAAUUCAAAAGGGUCAAAACUUGAUUUUGGAGGGUUAAAGAGUAACAUCUAUAAAGUAAUGCUAGUGAUGCCUCAGAUUGAUGGCACUUCUUUGAAAGAAGAACUUACAGCUGCUUUGUCCAUCCUGAAUAAAUGUUUUUCCUUUUAAGUUUCCAUUUAAAAACCUUUGUUGAAAACUCCUAAUGGUUUCAGUAUCCUUUCUGUCUCUUUUAAAUAGUAGGAGGCAUCCAGGGCACCAGCAGCAAGUCCUGAAGUCUUCAAGAAUCGUGCCCUUAUGGCUUCCCCUAGUGUUACCAGAUUCUAUCUUGUUCAUAUCGUAGAGUCUGCUCAGCCUGUGAUGUUCAAAGACAGCAGCUAGAGGUAAAAUACAAUACAACACAGAUGAAAUGCAAAGGGACAGAUUCUAAAAUGGGUGAAUAGCUCCCAGACCAGCAGCAGUUCAAAUUCUUCUCCAGGCAGUAUGCAGCAUAUGUAGCUGAUAAGAGACACAGGGCCCCACAAGGUGAAAAAGCUUCAAGCUCUCGUACUUCAGGAGAGUUUUGAGGAAAACAAGGCAGGGCCUGCAGAGAAGCCAUUUGCACCUCUGCCACCAGAAAAGUUGGAUUAAGUUGUAUCUACCAAAGUCUUUAGCAAAACUGGCAAACUUGUGGGUGGGGCAAUAAGUACAUUGUUUUUCCCUUCUGGUUACUGGGCUCCUGUGGCUAAAUAAAAAUUCUGUUAUUUGAAGAAGUGUCCUGUGACACUGCCUAUUCUUACUGACCAGUGUUUCCAAGAUGACUUACCUGGUAAAGAUCAGAGUCAUCUGGUGUUGUUUGUGAGUCUGCUGAUAAUCUAAUGGUGUGCAAGUUUGGAAGAGGAAAAGGGAAUUGGUAACAAAUCAUGCCUUGGCGGCCUUGCCCUUGGCUUUUGCCUGACAUUUUUCACCUGUGCCUGGCUGUGUACCUUGCUGAAAUAACCCUGACCCACUGAGUUGACUUCCCAGUGUGAUGCUGAAUCUGUGUUGCCCUUCAGAGUUGUCUGGCAACCACCGGCUGUCACUGGACCUGCUCUGCUUGCCUGGCUUGGGUACCAUGGGAUUUCACCCUGCACUGUGUCUGGCUGGGAUGGAGUGAACUUUCUUCAUAGCAGCCCAUAUGGCUCUGUGUUCUGGAUCUGUGGCUAAAAACAGUGCUAAUAACACACAGUGUUCUGACUACUGCUGGACGCUUGUACCACAUCGAGGUUUUCUCUCUUUUCCACUCUGCCCUGCAGAGACUAGGCUGGGGGCAGACAAAACAUUGGACAACUCACCUGAACUGGCCAAAGGGGCAUUCUGUACCAUACGAUAUUUUGCUCAGCAAUGCAAGAUGAGGUAGAAGAAGAAGCAGGAAGGGGACUGACUUCUUUGAUGGUGGUUGCUCAGAGACUGUCUGGGCAUUGAUCUGCUUAAGGGAGAUGAUAAGUUAUUUCCUGCUUCUUGUUUGCUUUUUUUUUUACUUUCCUUCACCUGUUAAACUUUCUGCGUCUUGACUUAUGAAUUUUGCUUUUGUUCUUCAUGUUCUCUGCCCCAUCCUGCUGGGGGUGGAGGAACAGAGAGAGCAGUCAUGUGGGUGCUCAACUGCUGGCCGGGGUCAGCCUGCCACAUACCCCUAAUCAGUGAGGCCCCUGCCCUCCCGCUACCAGAAAGUUGGAUAUAGCUGAAAUUUACAUUUGCGGUGCUUCUUCCUUGCAGCUACAGCUGAAUAACCUAUAUUAUUAACCGUUCCAAUGAGGGAAACUGCAGUGCAGCUUAUGCUUCAGCUUCUUCCCACAGUCAUUAAAAAUCACAAUAGUUUUUGCACCAAGGCUUCAGGUUGAACUUCAUUCUAGUGCCUGUUGUACAAUCCAGACCAUACCUCACUGUCAUUCCUUCUUCCACCCAACAGUCACUUUCAUUAACCCUAUGCAUGAAACACACUCCUCUCUACCUCUUGGCCUUCACCACUGAACAAUAUUUCCUUCAUUUUAAUCUAAGCUGCUUUUAAAAAAAAUAAAAUAAAAUACUUGGUCAUUUCCCCUGUACCUUCUAUCAUUGAUCAGGGCUUAGGAGGCAUGUGAGGUUAAACAACUCACUGGGCCCAGUAUGGUCCUCUUAAUUCAGAGGAUAAUGGAUUGAGCUUUGUUCCUAGUGUUGUUAUAUCCAAGACUCCCAUUAAAGUGAUAGAGAUAAACUGCAUUCAAUACCCAUUCCCCUGCUGAGAUAUGAAAGCACUCUAAAAACUGGCUAAAAUAGAAAGUUAUCACUCUUCAGGAGGAUAAUCUGAGAAGUAAAUUCUGAAAGGGCAAUAAUAUUGAGCUCAGAUUGUAGGGCACUAUUCUUACUACAAAUUAUAUAAUGACACAUCCCUAGGAAAACAGUUAAAAACAGUUGGUUUGAAUGCCAUUUGCCAUUUCCAGUAAUUCUGGAGAUAGUUAUACACAUUACUAAAUGCUUUCACGUUAACUGAAUAUGUAAAAAUUGUAAACCAUUUAGUCAUCCCAUUCAUUUUUAAUGCCAUCAAAUGAACACUGGGAAAUUCCCCAGACAUUCGGAAGGAAAGA